UAUAGUUUCAGUAAUGACAGAGAGAAUUUCACUCUUUCACAGUUUUACAUAAAGUUCGACGGAAAAGAUAAAUAUUUGACGUCAAACUGUGUAUAUAUCUUUAUUGUCUGGUUAACUGUUACCUAUAAAAGCUUUAAUUUUAAAAAUAAACGUACAGUCUGAAAGUAUUACUUGAUAAAUUAGAAGCUUUACGACUCUGUCCCGACCAACACCAGAGAUUACGCUGUUUCAACUACACAUCUUAUGAAAUUCAUGAUACAAAGAGUCACCAUCAUGAAAUUUCUUGUAAGCUUGCUAUUCUUGCUUACAAUGGUUUUUUGCGUCUGGAGUGCCAGCGUGCCACGCACUGUUGAGUCAAAUUCGAUCAAAAGUGCUUAUGUAUCUGAUUUUGGUUUAAGUGAUCGGUUGAAACGUUCACCAAAACAUGGUGAGCUUGUGAUUCAAAUAGAAAAAGAGGUAGGACAACAAUCGUCGAUAGUCAUCGAGGGUAAGCAAAUACUAUUGGAAGGCAAAUACGGAAGUUUUGAUGGAAAAGUUGAAGUCACGGGUUCAGUUGUUAAAACGCCCAACGAGGAGACAAAAGGCAAGGUUGGAUUAGGUGCAAAAUUUGAGUGGGAUAAAUAAGUUUGUCGUACUAAUUGAGAAUUUUUA